AUGCUUGAAACAUUUUUCCGUGUGAGAAAGAUAUACUUCUUGAUCAUUGCAGUUAUUGGUGUUCCCGUGAAUUUAGUGGCGAUUGUGAUCCUGUCCCGGGGAAAAUGCGGCCUCUCCACCUGCACCACUCGCUACCUGGUGGCCAUGGCAACGGCGGAUCUACUGACCAUCAUCUUUCAGGUUAUAUUGGGGCGCGUCUUUAACUAUUACUUGCCCGGGACAUUUCUGGACAUCACCGCCGUAUGCAGUGUGAACUACGUCCCCUUAAGGGCAGCCACAGACUGUUCUGUCUGGUUCACCGUCACCUUUACGUUUGAUCGGUUUGUCGCCAUCUGUUGCCAGAAGCUGAAAGCAAAAUAUUGCACCGGGAAAACUGCAGCUGUAGUUUUGACAACAACCGGCGUUCUUUUCUGUUUUAAAAAUGUGCCCUACUUCUUUAUGUAUCGACCAAUGAAAGUAAUUGAUAAUAUACCCUGGGGCUGCAUUCGUAAAUCGAGUUACUAUACGGAUCGCGGGUGGGUGGGAUAUAGCUGGCUUUCUACCGUUCUAGCGCCAUUGCUCCCGUUCGUAUUAAUACUCCUGUUCAACGCUCUGACAGUCAGACACAUUUUGGUGACUAGUCGCGUCCGGAAGGGGCUGAGGGGUCAGAGCAAGGGAGACAACCGCAGUGACCCGGAGAUGGAGAGCAGGAGGAAGUCUGUGAUCUUACUUCUCACCAUCUCCGGAAGCUUCAUCACCCUGUGGUCAGUAAAAGUUGCCGAAUUCCUUUAUUACACCAUUGCUGGAUUGGAUCAGAAUAGUUACAACGAUUCGGAAUAUAUAUUUCAACAUUCUGGAUACAUGCUGAUGAUAUUAAGUUGCUGCACAAACACUUUUAUUUAUGGGGUAACUCAGUCCAAGUUCAGAGAGCAGUUCAUCAGCGCAGUGAAAUAUCCGCUCACGUCAAUUAUUCAACUAGUUAAUAAACAAAACAUCUAA